AUGCCUUUAGCACACAAACGCAAAACCUCCACAGACUGGGAGGAAGUCACCGGCGAGCCGGCAAAGCGCCGAUUUAUCGAAGCGACAGCAUCACAGGUCGAACCGCAACCGGAGGAUUCUACAGCGUCACCUGCUGCUGAAGAAGCAACAGAGGUUCCACUCGCGUCCACUGACACAACACAGCCCACCACCGCAGAUGAUGUGGAGUCAGAUGCGGCAGAAAAAGCAAGGGAGAGGCAAGAGCGCUUCAAAGCACUACAAGCUCGGCAGGCCCAGUCGCGGAAGCAGAACAUGAAGGAGUCGACAGCCGAGUCACAGCGCCUAACUACGGACCCUAACCUGCUUUCCUCCCUCCAUCGCAAGCACGCAAUAGCAUCACAUAAGCUCCUCAAGGCAGAUACGGCGGCCGCCGGCGAGGAUUUCGAGCGGAAGCGCACAUGGGACUGGACCGUCGAGGAGUCCGAGAAAUGGGAUAGGCGCAUGGAAAAGAAGAACAAGCAUAGGGAGGAUGUGGCAUUCCAGGACUACCGUCAGGACGCGCGCAAGAUCUACAAGCGGCAGCUGCGCGAGCUCAAGCCGGAUAUGGAGACAUACGAACGCGAGAAGUUGGAGGCUGUGCAGCGGUCGGCGCAGAACGGCGGGCUUGAGAUUGUCGAAACCGAAGAUGGAGAGCUCAUCGCAGUCGACAAAGAUGGCACGUUCUACUCCACGGCUGACAGCACCGAUUUCGCGAGCAACAAGCCUAGUAAGGAGGCGAUAGACCGGCUGGUCGGCGAGAUCAAGAAGGCGGAGGAGGUCAGGCUGAAGAAGAGAAGGGACAGGGGCAGAGGAGACGACGACGGUGACGUCACGUACAUCAACGACAAGAACAAGCAGUUCAAUGAGAAGCUGGCGCGGUUCUACAACAAGUACACCGCGGAUAUUAGGGAGAGCUUUGAGCGCGGUACGGCCAUAUAA